AUGGGCUCCUAUGGUGAACUUGAAUCUCUGGCGCAGGAGCAGGCGCUUUACCCUGUUCCUGAGGCCCAGUCCUCGCAAAUCGACAACAGACGCGUCCUGCGAGACCUAAAACAGUAUCGCGAGCUCUAUGACAUGUCUAUCAAGGAUUCUGAUGCUUUCUGGGACCGGCACGCCCACGAAUUUCUCACAUUCCAAAAGGACUUCAAAACUAACCCCGACCGGAUCGCUUUGGUGUAUGAAGGAGAUGAACCGAAUCAGGGGAGAUCCAUCACCUAUGGCGAACUUCUAGUGGAAGUUUGCAAAACCGCGAAAGCUCUCCAACAACUUGGCGUCAAAAAGGGGCACCGCGUGGCAGUCUACAUGCCCAUGAUUCCGGAGGGCGUCAUCACUGUUCUUGCAAUUAAUCGACUCGGCGCCGUACACUCUCUCGUCUUCGACGGGUUCUCGGCCAAUGCGCUGGCAGAUCGGAUCCUUGAUGCCGACGCGCGGGUGGUUGUGACUGCCGAUCACGGGCAGCGCGAGGGUCGGUUUUUCCCGAUGAAAUCAGUGGUUGAUGAGGCUGUCCGAAAGUGCCCUCUUGUCGAGAAAGUCCUAGUCUACCAACACAGCAAGGAGACAGUGCCCUGGGCCGAAGGGCGGGACGUUUGGUGGCACGAUACGGUGGAACAUGCCUCUCCACAUGUUGAACCGGAGGUGAUGGAUUCCGAAGAUCCCCUUUUCAUUCUGUACACCUCCGGAUCGACUGGGAAACCCAAGGGUCUGGUGCACUCGACGGCCGGCUUUCUCACCGGGGCCGCCGCGACUGGAAAAUACGUGUUUGACAUGCAUCCGGACGACGUCUUUUUCUGCGCCGGAGACAUCGGCUGGAUCUCCGGCCUGGUGUACGCGCUAUAUGCCCCUUUGCUUAUCGGAUGCACCACCGUCGUGUUUGGGGGAAUCCCUACUUAUCCCGACCAAUAUCGCUACUGGGACAUCUGCAGCCAGCAUCACGUCACCCACUUUUACACCGCACCGACGACCCUUCGCCUGCUCAAGAAGCUGACGGAGGGGGAGAUCCCACGCCGAAUGGACUCCUUGCGUGUACUCGGCUCGAUCGGAGAGCCUAUUGCGCCGGAAGUAUGGAGGUGGUACCGUGACAUCGUGGGAAGGAGGCGAGCCCACGUCCUGGAUACUUACUUUCAAACCGAGACCGGGUCGUUGGUCCUCACUUCGUUGGCCGGAGUGACCCCAACCAAGCCCGGGUCUUGCACCUUCCCCUUCUUUGGCAUCGAUGCCGUGAUCCUCGACCCAGUUUCAGGAAAGGAAGUCGAGGGGCCUGCUCCGUCGGGUGUUCUGGCGUUCCGGGGCUCGUGGCCCAGCAUUGCCCGGACCGCCUGGGGAGACCACGAGAGAUAUAUGGAUACCUAUCUCCGCCCAUAUCCCGGCUAUUAUUUCACCGGCGACGGCGUGCGGAAAGAUGAAGACGGUUAUUUCUGGAUUAGCGGGAGAGUUGAUGACGGGGUGAACGUGUCCGGCCAUUUGAUUCUAACCGCCGAAGUCGAAUCCGCAUUAUUGGAUUACCCCCACGUAGCUGAAGUCGCGGUCGUGGGGGUGGACGAUGAGGCUGCCGGGCAGGCCCUCGUCGCAUUUGUCGUCCUUCGACAAUCGCCACAAUCGUCCGUCCCCGAGCCUCCCAUCCAGACCCAGCUCUCAGACCAUCUCGCCAACAGGAUCGGCUCAUUUGCGCGUCCAAAAUCUAUCUACGUGGUCCCUGAUCUCCCGAAAACACGCUCGGGGAAGCUCACGAGGCGGAUUUUGCGCAAGAUCCUGGCCGGUGAGAUGGGUAGUAUUGGCGAUACGUCGACUGUGGUCAACGUCAAUGCGAUUUAUCAGGUGCAGGAUGUAGUCAUUCAGGCUGCACGAAGCUCGGCAUGA